GAGGCGAAGGGCAGAGUGGAGAUGGGCAGCAGACCGUGCAGCAAUCGUCAGUCGCUGGAAUUGGCUCCAAGCCCAUGUCUCGGACCUGGAAUACCGAAUCCGGCAGCAAACGGACAUUUACAAGCAGAUUAGAGCCAAUAAGGGGCUGAUAGUUCUUGGUGAAGCAUCACCCCCUGAUCCUGCAGUAGAUGAUGCAUCCCGUCCCGUUAGUGCUGAAGUUAAGCUGGAGCCUGGGGCUGACCGGCUGAGUGUUUCUGGAUCCCAGCCACUAGAGAACUUGGGUAUUUCUGCUGCAAAUACUCCUGAAUCCCAUCCCGCCAAGCCCUGUGGAGCACCAAGACCCGUCAAUGGAGUUAUUAACACUCUUCAGCCUGGCCUGGCAGAACAUGCUCAGGGAGAUGGCCAGGAAGCUGAGGAGCUCUUGCAUAAAAAGCAACGACUGAACAUGGUUUCUUCAUCUUCGGAUGGAACAUGUGUAGCAGCUCGCACUCGCCCAGUACUGAGCUGUAAGAAGCGACGGCUUGUUCGACCUAGCAGCAUUAUGCCCCUUUCCAAAAAGGUCCAUCGUAAUAACCUGGUGCGAUGUAGCUGUGACGUGAACCCUUCAUGUGCUCUGUGUGGCACUCGAAGCUCAACAACUCUGGAAAUCCAGUACGAUGCUCCUUUGCUGGAGCGCCUCUCCCAACUGGACUCAUGUAUUCAUCCUGUCCUAUCAUUCCCAGAUGAUGUGCCGACAAGCCUGCACUUCCAGAGCAUGUUGAAAUCUCAGUGGCAGAACAAACCCUAUGAGAAAAUUAAACCUCCCAAAAAGCUCUCGCUCAAGCACAGAGCCCCCAUGCCUACCAGCAGCCUGUCUGACCCUGCUCGCAAGGACCGCCACAAGCUGGUGAAUUCGUUCUUCACUGCAGCCAAGCGCUCACAUCAAAAAAUCCAACCAGACAAGGCACACAGGCCGCCUUUAGACGAUUUUACGGCCAUGGCCAAGGCCGAGAGAGCGCCAGAGCGCUCGCUUGUCCAGCCUCCUGCCUAUGACAAAAAGCGAUUGCGAGACUGCUCAUCUGAGAGGAGUGAAGUGUUGAAGCAUCACACGGACGUUGGUGGCCCAAGCUACUUGUCAGCAGCUGUGACCCCUACACCUCACAGCCCUAUAGCGCGGCAACUGUCCACCUCCUCGGAAGGCUCCGCUCCUGCCAGCACAAGUUCACAGGGCACCUCCAGCACAGCUCAGCCAAGGAGGAGGAGAGGCGAAAGUUCAUUUGAUAUUAACAACAUCGUCAUCCCGAUGUCCGUUGCUGCAACGACUCGUGUGGAGAAACUGCAGUACAAAGAGAUCCUCACACCCAGCUGGCGUGAAGUGGAUAUCAGUGCUCUGAAAGCGAACCCUGAUGAAGACAAUGAGGAGAUUGAGGACUUGUCUGAUUCGGCCUUCGCUGCUCGGCAUAGCAAGUGUGAAGAGAUGGAGCGGGCCCGGUGGCUUUGGAGCACGAGCAUGCCCCCGCAGCGGCGGGGCAGCAGGUCUUACAGAUCGACGGACGGACGGACGACCCCCCAGCUGGGGAACCCCUCGACUCCCCAGCCGGCAUCCCCUGAGGUGGGCAACUGCCACUCACAUUUGGAGCUGUCCCACACCCACUCACCGCGCAGCCCCAUCAGCCCCGAACUGCUCUCUGCUCCCCUCACCCCCCUCUCCCGUGACUCCAUGCGGCUUCUGUCCAGUGAGGACACCCGUUGCUCCACGCCCGAGGCCGGCCUCGAUGAGCAGGCUGUGCAGCCGUGGGAGCGACGCACCUUCCCGCUCUCGUACGACCCCAGGACAGAGUGCGAGGACCAAUCUGACCCCCAGGACCGGUCGUCGCGCUGCACCCGGCGCACGUCGGGCAGUAAAUCCUCCCGGGAGACCGAUGGCACUUCUCCUUUGCCCACCCUGGCCAGCCUCAAGAGCCGCCCCCCCCUGGUGACCCCCUCCUCCUCCUCUUCCUCUGCAGCAGUUCAGCGGCCAGCACACAGAUAG